AUGGAAUCGAUUGCGCCGACAAGAUACAACUACAAAGGUCCCGAGAACGAUUCAUAUAGAAGUGCUCCGAAAAAAAAGGAUUACUUUUUCGAUGAUCUGGCGGAAUACAUUAUUGUCGACAAGGAUGAAAACGACCACGUGCCAAGCAACAAGUUCCAAACAGGGCACACUUGGACCAAAGAUCACACUCCAGUGCAAAGCGAACGUACUGCUUGUAUAGUCAAUAACGACAAAAGGGUUGAGGCAAGUACCAUUAAGAAACUUGGCACUAAUGAGACUGGGGAAGAUGAAAUCAAAUACGAAUGGAAACCUGGAUUCUGCCUCCAAUUGGGUUCACAAGGUAGGAAGGCGAUGCUACAGUUGUUAAGGAAUGUUUACAAAGAGAAUAAAAAAUUCAAGCAUAUCUUUGAGAAGAUGAACCCACCCACCACCAUAAGCAACUUACCAUUCUUCAAAAUAUCUAUGUUGUGGGAACUGGCAUAUCAAUUGGAAGUAUUUGACGAGGCGAUUAAGAUCCAUAAAACUUAUGGCAAGGUCAGAUCAAAGGCACACGAUGCCAAUGGCACAAACACGGGCGUUCAUAAAAGCCCUAAAGGCAGACAGAUACGAAGCGUGGAUUACAUGAACGAGCUCUACCAUGGUAAGAUUGAGGGUGAUGGACGUUACUGUCGCAGCCGAAGCGACGGACUCCAACACCUUAAGAGGAAAAUGGAACGACUGCUAGCUUCCAAUAAAGUUACGCCAGAACAAUUUGCCAAGUUCAUGGGAUCGUACAAACAAAAGAUGACCUUUGUUGAUGUUCUUAAGGAACGCAUGGAUGAAAACAAGCGUGGGUCUCAGAGACAACAGAAUAACGUGUACGACUACCUCAAUACAUAUCAAUGUAACACUUUGGAUUGCGCCAUAAUGCCGCACUGA